UAGCUUGGGAGAGUGGGCUACAAGGGAAGUAAUCUCCUUGAUCGCUCGGCCGGACGCUACCCAUAACAUCUCGUGGAAAGUAAUGCGGGAUUCAACGACAGAAGUGCAGUACCAGUCACUACAGAUGUGUUUGCUCGGGCACAUGUGUAUGAUAUUUGGAAGUUUCGGUGCAUGCUAAUGAUAUUUGCGGUUAGGGUUACGACGUGAUUUUGAAGCGUAGCCGACGAACAAUUGUCCAUAUUCAGUUGACAGACGGUCCGAAACUUGAUCAAAGUUUCAACUAUUGGCCGUUCGUCUCUAAAUGAAUGACUAAUGUUGUGAAGGCAGGAUUUGUGGAAGCCUGAAGGGUGUUUCAACUGCGCAUUUGCCGGCGAAUCAUCACGAAUGUAAGGGAAUCUUUGUUUAUUAGUUAUUGAGUAGGCUGCGUGCAACCAUGAUGGUGGUCUAGCGUGUCGGUCCGAUCCGCUGCUCAGCUUUGUGUUGUCGGUCCGUCUAGGUUUUUUGACGGUCAACGCUAUUCUGCAGACUGGUGAAGAAUCGGGGUGCAAUGUUAAACCGAUGCGGACGCUUCUCUCCUGGAUUGAUCAAGUGGAUUAUUUUCCCUUUGUGGUUACCAAUUAUUAGUAACUUCGAGGCAUUUGCUCAAGAUGAUCCUUUCAACGCCGAGUCCUGGUUGCGGAAGUAUGGCUACUUGUCCCAGGCUAGCCAGCAGAUGUCGACCAUGCAGUCCGCACAGAUUCUCCUGAACGCCGUCAGUGAGAUGCAGCGCUUUUAUGGCAUUGAGGUUACAGGGAAGAUGGACCAAGCUACCAUUGAUGCCAUGAAGAGACCACGUUGUGGUGUGCCAGACCGCUUUAUACAGUCAGAUGAAGGAGCAUCGCGAAGAAAAAGAUUUGUACUCACUGGCCAAAAAUGGGAAAAGUCUAAAUUAACAUACAGCAUUCUAAACCACACGCCUAAGAUUGGCCAGGAAAGGUCUUUUGAUGCGCUGCGCAAGGCCUUCCAGGUGUGGGAGAAGGUGACCCCGCUUCAGAUCAACGAGAUCCCCCACCGGGACAUCAAGAACGGCAGCCAGGGGGAGCCGGACAUCCUGGUGCUGUUUGCCUCUGGGUUCCAUGGUGACAUGUCCCUGUUUGACGGAGAGGGAGGCUCCCUGGCCCACGCUUUCUUCCCAGGCCCGGGGAUGGGAGGAGACACGCACUUCGACCUGGACGAGCCCUGGACACUCGAUCGGCAUGAUGAGCAAGGUGUUGAUCUUUUCCUUGUGGCCGUCCAUGAGUUUGGUCACGCUCUCGGGCUGGAGCACUCCAACAACCCCUCAGCCAUCAUGGCCCCUUUCUACCAGUGGAUGAACACCGACAAAUUCACCCUACACCAGGACGACUUGGAUGGCAUCCAUGAGAUCUAUGGGCAUCCAGUGCACGACUCGACCCCGGCCACCCCUACCAGACCAACGUAUAGGGAGCCCCACAUUACCUCUACUGUGGCCCGACGAGUGACCCCAAGACCAAGGCCGAGACCCACGCAGCCCCAUGUCCCGCCUGUGGCUCCCACCAGAAGGACCUAUCGCCCUCGACCCACGGAGCGCUCCGACAGUGGACCCCCAGAUAUCUGUGAUGGGGACUUUGACACGGUCGCCAUGCUACGAGGAGAGAUGUUUGUUUUCAAGGGUCGUUGGUUCUGGAGAGUGCGAAGGAACCGGGUGUUGGACAAUUACCCGAUGCCCAUUUCAGUGUUUUGGACGGGCCUGCCGGAUAACAUAGAUGCUGCCUACGAACGUCAUGAUGGCAAAUUCGUCUUUUUCAAAGGGAGUCAGUAUUGGGUUUUCAGAGAGGCUGACGUGGAGCCUGGAUAUCCCCAGGACCUGUUUCGUUACGGCCAAGGCAUCCCCACUGACCGCAUCGACACGGCUGUUUGGUGGGAGCCUGCAGGAUACACGUACUUCUUCAGGGGAGAUAGGUACUGGCGCUUCAGGGAAGAGACCCGUACUGUAGACCAAGGCUACCCCAAAGCAGUGAGCGUAUGGAACGGCAUCCCUGACUUCAUCAAAGGCGCCUUUCUCAGCGACGACGGAGCGUACACAUACUUCUACAAAGGCACUGAAUACUGGAGACUUGACAACACCAAGCUGAAGGUGGACUCCGGAUACCCCCGAUCCAUCAUCAAGGACUUCAUGGGCUGCCCGGUGGACUGGAACCCCGACGUGGUCACCAGGACGGACGUGGAGGACACCGACCGGACCCCGGACAGAGACCCAGACCGCGAUCGAGAUGGAGGAGCCGGCGUAGACCCGACGACCAAGAACAAACAUCCAAACAAAGAUGGCAGAGAUGAGGAUGAUGAUGAUGAUGAUGAAGAUGAGGGGAAGGAGAGGGAUGUGGUGGUGAAGGUGAGCGACAGGGACGACCACGUCAUCACGCUGGUGCUGAUCACCGUUCCACUAGUGCUCAUCCUGUGCAUUCUGGGAGUCAUUUACGUCAUCAUCGCCACCCUCAAGAACAAGGAGACGCCAAAACUGCUGGUGCAUUGCAAACGCUCGCUGCAGGAGUGGGUCUGAUUGAUUUUGAUUGUCUGACUGUCUGACUGACUGACUGUCUGUCUGUCUUGUAAAGAGCAAGAGUUGGUCGAGUUUGAAUCCUCUGUCUCUCAUCAUCAACAACAACAUUGACAUCAUCAUAAUCAUCAACAUUCUGACAUGCACAUCACUGCACUCAUCAACCACAUGCCUUAUACACUCACAAGACCACUCACUCACCACACUCACUCACCACACUCAGACCAUACCAACACGUGCUCAGACGUUUUAUCACAGAGGUGGCUGAGUGUCCCCUCUCCUCUCUCUCUCCACCUCUGACCAUUGGUGCUUUAACCCUUUCAUAGAUUCGGUCAAAGAGACUAUUUGCACUUUUUUAACGUAUGCGAGUGUUGUAUGUUUUUUUUUCAGGGGUUGUUCGUUGUUGUGGUCAUAAGCUCUCAAAGCAAUACCUGUGUGUGUGCCCUGUCUUCCCCUAGUCCACUGGUCCUUAAAAAAAGUGAAGCUAUGUGCUUCCUGGCCUUGAAACCUUUACGAAUGUCCUUAUGAUGAUGAGCCUUACACACCACUACUAUUAUUAUUGUUGUUUUUAUUAUGCACCCAUUAUGUCCUUAAAGAGCUGGUCAUCAUGAAUAAUUGUCUUCUGAAGGCCGCAAAAAAAGCAACGCACCGGCAAAGACUGUGUAGUUCUAUUCCCCUGCACAUAUUUAGGAGGGGUUCUCAGUUUCUGUCUGCAGUAACAUUGGGCCGGCUUAAUGCAACACAGAUGUUGCUGAUUU